GAAUAAUGACAAAUAGGGAAAGUGUUUGUGAAUUUGUAGAGAAACAGAAAACUUUACUUUCUUGGGAAGCGGAAGAAGAACAGAGACGAAUAGAAAUUGCGCUACAAAAUGUAGAAGAAAAGAAGCACUGGAAAAAGUUACAACUCACUGGGCUAGCAGUAUACAAUUUGCGCAUAACUUCUGUUUCCAAGAGUUCCAUCGAUGAAACAGUACAAGUCGUUUUAGAGAAGAAUUCGAGUCAAGCUAUUGUUACUUCAACAAAACUUCACAAAGGUGAUCCUAUUCUCUUUCGUUUCCAAGUCCAUUCCACUUUUCAUACUUGCCCAGUUUAUCGAGGAGUCUUGAACCAAUUGACUGGAGAUAAGAUGAUAUUAUCCUUAAGGGAACAAAACAUUGUAGAAAAGCUUCAAGAAUAUAACGAACGUGUUGUGGUAGUGAAGGACUUUGAAAAUAUUACAAUGAAGCGCUGCCUUAAAGCCUUAGAGGAACUCGAGAGUAUGGACUCCAAUCACCGAGCAUAUUCCAUAAGACAAACGUUAUUUAUGGAGAACAACUAUGAAAAGUUAUUUGUAAGACCGGAAAAUGUAGAGUUUCAACCAGAUCCAGAGUUGAAUAGUUCACAAAACCAGGCCUGUUUUAUGGGAACUUGGAAAUAUCCAAUAACUGUUAUUCAUGGCCCACCAGGAACUGGCAAAACAACAACUCUAGUUGCUCUCAUUAGAAAGUUGUUGCAAAGAGGAGAAACAUUACUUGUAUGUGCUCCAUCGAAUGUUGCAGUGGAUAAUGUGAUGGAAAUGUUGAUAAAGAAAGAGCCGCAUAUUUCGGCAUUGCGUAUUGGACACCCUGCGAGAUACAAUUCUGAACUAUAUAAAUACUCAAUGGCAUACCAAAUGAAAGAGAAUGAUCAAGGAAAGUUGUUGAAAGAUAUUGAAAUGGAAAUGGUCUCUGUGGAGCGCUCAUUGGAACACGCAAAGGAUCGUCAUCAACAAUAUGAAUGGAAAAAAGUAAGAAAAUCUUUGCAAAAGGAAUGGAAGGAAAGAAAGUCUUUAGCAAUGUGUCAAUCUUUUCAACAAACUCAAAUUAUUUUUUGUACCUGUGCAGGAGCUGGAGAUUGGACUAUGGAGUCUUUGUUUUCUAACCAUUCGAGACUCGGAAGAAAUGGAUUGGAUACAAUUAUUAUAGAUGAAGCUGGACAAGCAUUAGAGUCAUUGUGUUGGAUACCGCUGUUAAAAGGAAAGAGAGCUAUUUUGGCUGGCGAUCCUUUUCAGUUGCCACCAACUGUACUAUCCCAAAGAGCUAUAGAGAAUGGAUUGGCAAAGUCCAUUUUGGAUCGCAUUUUUCAACACAAACAACUCGAGCAAUCGAUCGUCUCUGUCUUACAAAUACAAUAUCGUAUGCAUCUUUGUAUAUCGGAAUGGAGUAGCCAUACUUUUUAUCGAGGACUGCUUUCUCCAGAUAAAGAUGUUGAGUGUCAUCUUUUGUGUGACUUGCCUGGAGUUCGAAGAGAUCGUAAUACGGAGAUUCCUUUAUUGUGGAUUGACACUGCAGGUUGUGAUUGUAUAGAAGAAACCGAGUCAUCGUUUGCUGAUGAACAAACAGACAGUUUUGCAUUCUUAUUGGGUUAUGAAUCCAAAAGAAAUCGGAAUGAAGUUCAGCUCUGUUUUCAACAUCUUGAAGAAUUGUUGGAUGCAAAAGUUGAACCUAAACAAAUUGGUAUUAUUUCUCCUUAUGCAGCACAAAUAAGAGAAUUGCGUCAAAGAAUAGCUAAGCUUUCAGAAGAGAUAGAAAUUUCUACUGUAGAUGGAUUUCAAGGUCGAGAAAAGGAGGCUAUUAUUUUAUCUCUUGUUCGUUCCAACGAUAUUCAAGAGUUGGGAUUCUUAACUGAUUACAGAAGAAUCAAUGUGGCUAUCACUAGAGCUAGGAGACAUAUUUGUAUCAUAGGAAACUCGGAUAUGAUGGAAAAGGAUUCCGUUCUCUCACAACUGGUAUCUUAUUGUUUUGAAAAUGGAGAAAUUCGAUAUGCAACAGAGUAUGAUCCAACUUUACAAGGGGAGGAAAUAUUGAAACAACCUCAACUACCUACUCAAAAAAUAGAAAGAGACCGAAGCAAGUCAUUUACACAUUUGGAUAUUGCGAAGAAAAAUCAACAACAACAAGCUAAAACAAGCCGUACUGUAAUGCUUUCUCAAGUGAAGAUGAAUAAGAGAAAGGAAGAAGACUUGGAGACGAACGUCAUUGAAAAGCAAUUGAUGAAAUUCAUUCAUUCUGACUCGAAAAUGAUCGAAUUCUCCUCUACACUAUCCAAAAAUGAACGGCGAUUAUUGCAUGAGCUUGCUGAGAAAUAUAAUUUAGGACAUAAGAGUGUAGAUAGUGUCGAAGGACGUUACAUAAAGCUAUGGAAAUGGACUGAAGAAGAAGUAGUGUCGUCUUGUAAAGACUCUCCUCAUUCGAAUCACAAUACUUCUCAUCAGGAAAUCAAGCAAAAUACUACUGGAAAUCCCACGAGUAAAGCCACUUCUCGUCCAAAGAAAAAGAAGAAAAAGCAAAAGACUAGCAAAGAUACUCAAAAAGAUGAUGAAAAAGAAGAUAUUAACGAAUUGAUAGACUCUUUUCGUAAAAUGGAUGCAAAGAAACUUGUAGAAAGUGGCUAUCCAGCAUUCUUUCAAAAAGAGCCUUAUUAUUCUGCCAUCCAAAGGGCCAAAACUCUUCCAUCGAUUCCGCCUAAAUAAGAAUCGAAUGUAUUGAGUUUUGG